ACGAUGCGCGCAGCUGUGAUCGCAUCGUACCUCGGCCUUCUGGUCGCGACCGCGGUCCACGGCGCCUGCUCGGCAUUUGACGAGAAUACCGACUACCCGGGCAACGACAUUGGCACCACCAACCAAGCCAAGCCCGAGAACUGCUGCGCCGACUGCGCCGCGUUCGCCGGUUGCAAGGCGUACGUCUGGGUGCCCCGCGACGGCGGUGUCUGCUUGCUCAAGAGCGAGGCUAGCGGCAAGUACCCAGCGCAAGGCGCUCGUGCCGCGAAGCUUCUCGCAUCCGUACCGCCACUCACGGGGUCGUGCCCGACACCCGAGGCCAACACCGAUUACCCCGGCAACGACCUUGGUCGCACCCAGCGCGCGUCCAUGGACCUUUGCUGCAACGACUGCGAGGCCACGGAGGGCUGUGCUCGUUUUGUCUACUACGGCGGUGACUGCAUUCUCAAGGCGGGCGGCGGCGUCAAGAGCAGAUUCCCGGGUGCGACCGCCGCGUCGUUUGUCCCCAAGGGCAGCGGUAACACCACGACGCCGGCACCGACCGACGGCACGUGCUCGGUGAUCGAAGAAGACACCGACUAUAUCGGCAACGACAUUGAUACGACCAACCGCGCCAAGGCCGAAGACUGCUGCGCGGACUGCGUCGCCAACCCGAACUGCAAGGUCUACGUCUGGGCGCAAGGCGUGUGCAUUCUCAAGAGUGCCAACAGCGGCAAGACGUCGUCGCCAGGGGCCCGUGCCGCGACGGUCCGGGCGCGUGUUCCGACGUCGCCGCCGAUGGUCGGGUGUCCGGCGAUCCAAGAAGAUGUCGACUACCCUGGCAACGAUCUCACGACAACGUACCAGACGACGGCUGAGUUUUGCUGUGCCGACUGCACCGGGACACCGGGGUGCCGAGGGUUUGUCUGGAAUGCUAUGGCGGGCGCCUGCCGUCUCAAGACCGCAGUCGGGUCGCCCGUCAAAGCCGUUGGCAACCGCGCGUCGGUGCUCCCACGCCUCACCACGGCCACGUGCUCGGCCUUUAAGAACGACGUCGACUACCCCGGCAACGACAUUGGCUCGACGAGCCGGGCGUCGGCCGCCGACUGCUGCGGCGACUGCGCCGACUUCAACGGCUGCACGCUCUACGUGUGGUCCAACGACUUUGGCGGCACUUGCUAUUUGAAGAACGCCAAGUCGGACCCGUCGCCGUUCCCGGGUGCCAAGGCCGGUGUGUACACGCGGUCGGUGGCGCCGGUGCCGAUCGUGACGCCGGCGCCGGCGCCGUCGGCGAUUCAGACGAGCGUGUUUGGCACGUACCCGUCGCCGUCGGUGGCAUUUGCGUACCUCCCCAACAUGCAGUGGAUCCCGAAUUCGAAGCUCGAGACCGGCGAGAUCGGCGACAUUGACAUUCUCAAGCCGUUCCCGCUGCCGUCGCCCGCCGAGAUGAUCGCGGCCCACGACGCCAAGCCCAAGCCGCUCCUUGAAGAAGGCACCAACACGCUCUACUUUCCGCUGUCGCAGUCGGUCGGCGAGUGCGCGGUCAUGACGAGCUCGUCUGGCUACGCCUUCUUCACGUACGUACCGUCGACGCAGAUCUGCGUCGUCCACAACUUUGCGUCACCGACAACGACGACGUUUGCCUUGUUCCCGACGCAGGCGCCGAUGGUGCUAUCGCAGUCAUUGCCGCAGGACUUUCAGCUCGGUGUCGACACCAACCAGUCGUCGACGCUCGCCCGCUGCCAAGCCGGCUGCAGCAGCCUCGCGGCGUGCGCGGCCGUGACGUACACCGACAAGACGUGCACGUUUUUUGGCCCGUCGCCGGCCAAGCAAGCUGGCAUUCUUGCCGGGUGGGUCUCGGACCCGAUCGCGUGGAACGAAGUGCCCAACAGCAUGCAGUACCUCACGAUGCCGUCCCGGUCUCUGGACUUGGCAAAGUACACGACGCAAGCGGCGACGACCGCCAAGACCAUCGGCGACUGCGCCGCGGCCGCGCUGCAAAAGAGGUUGCCGCUUUUUAGUUUUGAGAGCAGUGCGAAGAAAUGUACGCUUGUCAAGGCCGCGACGACGGCGGCGACGACGUCGACGAUGCUCAUCAACUACCCAGCGUCGCCGGUCGUCCUCUCGAGCGCCGCCUUGGCGACCGGGUUGACAAAGACGUCCGUGGCCAACGCUGCCUCGGCGGCCGACUGCCACAAGGCUUGCGUCCCGUCGGCGGCUGGCUGUCUUGGCACAACGUUCGAUGCGUCAACGAAGCGCUGCGAGCUCCUCAUUCCGGCGUACGCGCCGACGACGACGCUUGGCUGGAUCGCAACCAGUGCGCUGCCCACGGGUGCGGUAUCGCCGUCGUCCGUGCACAUGUUUGUCAACGCCCACCAAGACGACCACGAACUCUUCAUGUCGGCCAACUUGUACGACAGCUUUGCGUCCAAGUCGACCAAGAUCGUCAUGAUCUACAUGUCGGCCGGCGACGCUGGCGCGCGCGACGGGUGGUACCAGGCGCGCGAAGCCGGCACAUUGGCGUCGGCGCAGUCGUUUGUCAAGCUCUUUGGCCUCUAUAACCCCGUGCGCAAGACCGACGUUAUCACGCUCUUGGGCCACCAGAUCACGAAAGUGACACUUGGCAACGCCGUGCACUACUUCUUGCGGCUCUCGGAAGACGGCAUGUCGAAUCUGCCGAGCAACAAGGCCGCGGCGCCGAUGGACCGCCCGGGCGAAAAGUACGCGAACGUCGCGGCGCUUCGAGCGGUGGUCGUCGGCCUCAUGAAGAUGGAAGCCAAGGGCAUUGGGAAUGCAGUCGUCAACUCGCAGCAGUUCAAGGAGGUCGACCAUGUCUUGCACGCAAUGGCCGGCCAGAUCGUCUUUGACGGCGUCGCGGCCGACGCGACGCUAAGCAAGUGCUUGAGCCAAAACUACUUUUGGGGCUACCAGCGCUGGCUCGACACGAUCAACAUGAAGGACCCAUCGCUGACGACGCAGCGCAGUAUGUGGUGGGCGCUCCACAAGGCCAUCGUCAAGGUCUACCCCAACAACUCGCCGUGGUACGACCACUGCCAAUCGCUCGGCCGUCAGUACUUGGCCCUCAACGUCGCCGGGUCGGGCAAGUGCUAAUACUACGUCCGAGGAAUGCGUCAACAGAAUGUCCAUGUGGUCGUAUGGUUCCGAGUCCUUUUUUCGGUGGUCUGUAGCACUCCCUGCAGAUUUGGUCGUCAAUAGAUUGACUGACAUAUUGUACAUGGUUGAAUGAAUGCUCGA